GAGGGCGGAACUUGUGGAAUGGGGAGGAGCGGUUUUGGGGUGUUGUGAAUUCGUGUAGCUAAGAAAUCUUGAGUGGGAGUUGUCGGACCCGUUUGCUCUGCGUUUUGUCCGUCGAUUCGCACCGAUCAACGCUCCAGCCGCAGCUAUGCCCGGAAUAGAAAAGCUACCGAUAGAGGAGACGCUGGAGGACAGUCCGCAGACUCGCUCUCUGCUGGGGGUGUUUGAGGAGGACACUGCAGCCAUCUCCAACUACUGCACACAGCUGUAUCAGGCCAUGCAGAGGAUCUAUGAUGCACAGAACGAGCUCAGCGCUGCGACUCACCUGACCUCCAGACUGCUAAAAGAGUACGACAAACAGCGUUUUCCUCUAGGGGGCGAUGACGAGGUGAUGAGCUCGACCCUGCAGCAGUUUGCAAAAGUCAUUGAUGAGCUGAGCUCCUGUCAUGCUGUUCUGUCCACCCAGCUCGCAGACGCCAUGAUGUUUCCCAUCACUCAGUUUAAGGAGAGAGACCUGAAAGAGAUCCUCACCCUUAAAGAAGUCUUCCAGAUAUCCAGUGAUGAUCACGACACAGCCAUUAACAGAUACAGUCGUCUGUCCAAGAAAAGGGACAACGACAAGCUGCGGGCAGAGGUGGUGGAGGACGUGUACACCUCCAGGAAGAAGCAGCACCAGACCAUGAUGCACUACUUCUGCUCUCUGAACACGCUGCAGUACAAGAAGAAGACGGCUCUGCUGGAGCCACUGCUGGGCUACAUGCAGGCUCAGAUCAGUUUCUUCAAGCUGGGCUCAGAGAAUCUCACCCAGCAGUGGGAAGACUUCCUGGGAACUAUCGGCACCAGCGUCCAGAAUGUUCGUCGGGAGAUGGAGGAGGAGGUGGGGCAGAUGCAGCAGACCAUCCAGCAGAUGGAGAGGUCAUGUGACCCGCUGUAUGCACCAUGUGACCCUGACCCCGCCUACUCCAGUGUGUGUCGCAGCCUGACCAGGAAACAGGGCUACCUGCACAUCCGCAAUAAGACCGGCCUGGUGUCGUCGUCAUGGGAGCGUCAGUACUUCUUCACGCAGGGUGGAAACCUGAUGCACCAGGGCCGAGGUGAGGUGGCAGGAGGGCUGGUCACGGACCUGGACAACUGCUCCGUCAUGGCGGUGGACUGCGACGACCGCAGGUUCUGCUUUCAGGUCACUUCCUUCGACGGCAAAAAAGUGGUGACGCUGCAGGCAGAGAGCAGGAAGGACUGUGAGGAGUGGAUUGCCACCAUCAACAACAUCUCCAAGAGGAUCUAUCUGAGUGAAAAUGCAGAGGAGCUGGCAGCCAGAGUGAACCAAUCAGCUCUGGAGGCUGUGACGCCAUCACCGUCCUUCCAGCAGAGACAUGAGAGCAUGAGACCCAGCAGUAAAGGGCGUAGCGGCCGAGCGAGCAGCAUCAGCUCCGUGGGCUCUGAGCCGUCGCCUGCUCUCUCUGUGCUCUCAUUGGACGCACUGGUUGCCCCGGAAACACCCAUCCAGUUUGACAUCAUUUCUCCCGUCAGCGAGGAGAACCUGGGGCAGAACAAGACGGCAGCACAGUCGGGCAGAAGGAGUAAUCCAUUUGGAGAGUCAGGAGACGGCACAUCAGAGGACAGUGAAGACUCCAUCCUCCACCAGCUCUUCAUCGUUCGCUUCCUGGGCUCCAUGGAGGUGAGAACCGCUGAGUCGGUGGACGUCAUAUCUGAGACCAUGAGGCAGAUCCUGGCUGCCAGAGCCAUCCACAACAUCUUCAGGAUGACCGAGUCGCACCUGCUCGUCACCUGCGACUGCCUCAAGCUCAUUGAUCCUCAGACACAAGUCACUCGCCUCAGGUUCCCUCUGUCCAGCGUGGUCCAGUGUUCGUCCCAUCAGGACAACAGGAGGCUGUUUGGGUUCGUCCUGCACCCAGCAGGCGGGCGGGGCGACAGCCGGGCCGUCUGCUACAUCUUUGAGUCCAACAACGAUGGAGAGAAGAUCUGUGACAGCAUCGGUCUGGCCAAGCAGAUAGCCUUCCACUCAGAGAUGGACCGUAAAGCGGUGGAGAAGAGGAAGGAGGAGGACAAGGCCAAAGAGAAGCAGCAGGAAGAGCUGAGCAAGCAGCGGCAGAUAGAGAAGGACCUGGAGGAGCAGAGUCGCCUCAUCGCCGCCUCCAGCCGUCCCGCCAACCCGCCCGCUCCUGAUGGACAGUUCCUAGUUCUGAGCAACAGCCAAUCAGAGGACAGCGACGCCGGGGAGGAGGGGAAGAAGCAGGGUGAGUCUGAAGCCUAACGACACUCGGAGGAUGCAUGUUUAGCCUCCCAGGCGUGUCCCAGCCGGAAGACAACAGCUCAGGGAUCAGAGGAGGGAACACCACCGCCCACCCGCCCACCCGGGCUGCCUGGGGCCACAAAACAUGUGCUUCCUCUGGUGAUGGAAGCUCUGAGAACAGAGGAUAAACCUAACGCACCCUCACUACAUGAGGAGGAAACGCCUCGUCAAAGACUUUUAUUCUGUGUGUAAAAACGCUGCUUUUGUACCGACCAGCUCCACUAUAAAGAAAAGACAAGAAACAUAUAGAUUAACCUGUAAGUCACUGUUUUUAUGUUUAUUUUAUAAGAAGAGCAAACGGUGAUGGUGGAGGACGUAAAACAGAGCAGCAUGUGAGGAAUAAUGAAGAAGACGUGGGAGAAAACACACGGAGACUGAUGUCAGCUCAGCCUCAGCUGGUUCCUCUGCUGGUAAAAACAAAGUGUUGAAUGAUAAAACAGUGAAGAAAACGGUCCACAGUGUUACCAUCAAAGACCAGAGCAGAUCAGUUCUUCAGAGUGAUUUCAAGCUAUAAAGAGAUGAGUCGUCCUAUCGUCUCCAGGACUGACACGUCAGCUGUUUGCGUGGGUCAGAGAGGAUGUAAAGCAGAUUAGAGGGAACGGAGAAAUGGUCCAGAAAUGGAUGAUACUCAGUGGUAAAGCUGUGUUCCACAUGGCUCCAUGGCUCAUAUGUCUUCUAUGGGGGAUUUGUGCACAAAAAAUUUAACCACAAUCCAGAAAAACAGUUCUCACGUUGUACAUUUAGGGACUUUGUAUUUUUAAAACCUACAGAAGUCCAUUUUAAAAUCUAAUAAAUAUCCCAAAACCUUCUAAAAUCAAGCCAUUUUUGUACUGCAGGAACUGAAAUCUUUGCACGUGUUCUGACCCUGUAGAACGUCUUCCAGGGUUGUUUUUGGGGUAAAGGUUGUACCGUAACGCUACUAUGUGGGUCCCCAUCAUGACUGGCUAAACUUGGAAAAGACAGCUAACACCAUUUUUCUGUCAUCUCACUGAAAUCAUGAAAGCAGUUUCACCAUAAAAUUCCCUUUACAGGCUACAGCCUCUGUUGGUGGAGUUCCUGCGUUGUCGUACAGCUGUCCACUGACUCCUGUUAGUUAUUAUUCUGCUGCACUGGAAGGUAACGCUGCGAUUGAAGGUGUUGGAUCAAAAAGACAAAUUUCCUGCAGUGGAAAGCUACCUAAAAUGUAGCCUAGGCGCUAAAAGGAAAUUAGUAUUUCAGAAUGUAAACAGCAUCAACAAGAAAAGGCCUCAGAGAGAGCAGUACUCCACCAAGGAUGCUCAGUUACUGGAUCAUUUCUGAUGGAUAAGUCCUCAGAGGUGGAUCUGUAGUAGGAUCACAAUCAGCUGAUGUAUGGUUCACUGGUUGUCAUGGUUACAGUGACGUUGUGCUGCUAUCUGGCAACGAUACAGAAAUCUUUAACAAAUCCAUGGAUCCAGACUAUAAGCUGCAUCACUGCUAAAAUCUGAUCACUUGGUCCUUGAGUCAUUUCUGAGCUUCACUGGAAAUUUCAUCCAAAUCCGUUUUUUAGUAAUGUUGCUGACAGACAGACAGACAUCAGUCGUUGGGAGCCCUUCAUUACUCUGCAGAGCGUUCCUUGGCAGAGUAAUGAAGAGGGUAUAAUAAUAAUAAUGAUAAAGAUAAUAAUAAUAAUAGGGUGUAACUGCUGCUGUUUGACCAACAUUAAAGCCACUGAAGGUGAAAGCUGAGAGAACAGCUGCAUGUUUAGUAAGAUACUGUUCAAAUGGACUUCUUCACCUCGUUUCACCGUGAUCCUUUGGCCUGUCACAGAUCAUGAUGUGUCCAGCAGUAGCUCCUGCAGGUCUGUGGCUGUAGUGAUGUUUAAGCAGCUUUUAAAGGAUGUUUGUGAUUUCAUGCAUCUUGCUCGUGGUCUCUGCUGGAAAACACUGAACCUGCACCAGUAACUGUAAUCAGGAAUUAAAGCGCUGAGAUCAAACCCUGCUGCUCCCGGGUUACAGAGAGUUGAGCUCUGCAGUGAAAACUAAUGUCGUCCUUCUCCAGGUGACGACAUUAAAGGAAAGUUCUCCUUUUUUUUAGUGUCACACAACCAGCUGUAGCCAGAUGUGGUCAUUCCUCCUGUUCAUGGUGACCAAUAACAGAUCCCCUCUGAAUACCGGUCCAAUCACAGCCUGCAUGACUCAAAUCUAGUGGCUAUCUCCCAUUGUUCCUACAUUUACUAAAAUAUGAAUGCAGUAAGUCAUGUUCUACUAAAUUCUAUCAGUUCUUUAAGUAUUUGUAGUUCUGACACUUGGCGUCUCUACAGCAGAGCAGAUGUUGAAUGCAGUCACAGAGCAGAGAGGAAAUGAGGUCAUAGAUGUUCUCUCAGUCUUCCUGUAGGUCUCAGUGAGGUUUGUGGACAUCUCAGGAGACAGAACCAGUCAGACACCCCGGCAUCACUGAUACAAAUUCAACUUUGAACCUUUUAUCCAGUCAGAAGAGAAGACGUGUCGCGUUUAUAUUUUUGUGCAACUGAAGAAUAAACCUCUAAAAUGAGACAAAUCUAAAUCUCAAAAAUGGAAAGUUUCCGUUCCAUUGUUGAGUCUAAACCAGUCAGCUGUUAGAUCAGUGAGAGCUGGGUUUUACCCUCGGCUACAUCAGGAUGUCACAGAAAGUCUGCAACUCAUUCCACGGCUGAUCUCCAACCAGCCUGUAAUGUGGAUUUAUCAGUUAUUCAACAGGCAGCAAACUAAAAGAUCUGAUUCUAGCACUAAAAAGACUUUCCUUUAGGAGAUAUCCACCUGAGUCUCAAACUGCAGAAGACUCAGAUGUACUUCCAAUACUUGCUGGAGUACAUCGCUCCCACUAGAAGAGCACCAGUAUGGACAGAAAAACUGUUUCAGUGUUCAGUCUGGACUUUAAAGAUCCUUAACUCACCCCGUUAAAGACGUUGAUUCCAGUUGUCAUAGAGACAUAAGAGGCCAUCCUAAGUCCAGCAUCCAGAACAUCCACUGAAUGCUCCAAAGAACACGGGACUUUAAACGUUCUACAACAGAAUGAAUACCUGCAGGGAAUCAGGACCCUGUUGGUCUGUGAACAAAAGCACAAAUGUCUCUACAGUCUCCUGAACACUGAGGAACAGUCUUUUUUUCUGACUCAUCUUCCUCCAAGAUGCUGCUUUCUCCUGACAUCAGUGUUUACCAGGCACCUGUAUGUGGGCCACUCAUCUGGAGGCCUUUCUCUUUUGUUGUUGAUUAGCCUUUUUCUAGAGUGAUUCCUGGUGAUUAUCUGUAGAAAGCAUUCAUUUUCUAGAUCAGCGAUGUGUGGAGACGGAGAGGCCACGGCCUCCAGGGCCUAAAAUCAGCGGUUACUGAUGAUGAUUUAGUUUUUCUGGUGUUUUCUGGGAGGAUGAGGAGACCUCGUGCUGAUGGAGCUGCACUUUACUGACGCAGGAAAAACGAUGUUGAGCUGUAAAUAUGUUUGGUGUUCCAGUGUCAUGAUUAAUAAAAGGCUUUUCAGUGAUAAAUAAAAGCACUAACUCCA